AGUCAGUUCUGCCUCGCGGCAACCGCCCCCUCCUGCACGUCUCGCCGAGCCAGCGCCCGCGCCCGCGCCUGGGAUUGGGCCGCAGCCUCCUCAGCAGCCUCCCGCGGUCUGCCGACCAUGGAUCCCCGCAAAGUAAACGAGCUUCGGGCCUUCGUGAAAAUGUGUAAGCAAGAUCCGAGCGUCCUGCACACCGAGGAGAUGCGCUUCCUGAGGGAGUGGGUGGAGAGCAUGGGGGGUAAAGUACCACCUGCUACUCAUAAAGCUAAAUCAGAAGAAAAUACCAAGGAAGAAAAAACAGAUAGUAAGAAGACGGAGGAAAACGUAAAGACAGAUGAGCCAUCAAGUGAGGAAAGCGAUCUAGAGAUCGACAAUGAAGGUGUAAUUGAACCAGACACUGAUACCCCUCAAGAAAUGGGAGAUGAAAAUGUAGAGAUAACUGAAGAGAUGAUGGAUCAAGCAAAUGAAAAGAAAGGGGCUGCCAUUGAUGCUCUAAAUGAUGGUGAACUGCAGAAAGCCAUUGACUUGUUCACAGAUGCCAUCAAGCUGAAUCCUCGCUUGGCCAUUCUGUACGCCAAGAGAGCCAGUGUCUUCAUCAAAUUGCAGAAGCCAAAUGCUGCCAUUCGAGAUUGUGACAGAGCCAUUGAAAUAAAUCCUGAUUCAGCCCAACCGUACAAAUGGCGAGGGAAGGCGCACAGACUUCUGGGCCAUUGGGAAGAAGCAGCCCAUGAUCUUGCCCUUGCUUGUAAACUGGAUUAUGAUGAGGAUGCAAGUGCAAUGCUGAAAGAAGUUCAGCCAAGGGCCCAGAAAAUUGCUGAACAUCGGAGAAAGUAUGAGCGAAAACGUGAAGAACGAGAGAUCAAAGAAAGAAUAGAAAGGGUUAAGAAGGCUCGAGAGGAGCAUGAAAAAGCCCAGAGGGAAGAAGAAGCCAGACGGCAAUCAGGAGCUCAGUAUGGCUCUUUUCCAGGUGGCUUUCCUGGGGGAAUGCCUGGUAAUUUCCCAGGAGGGAUGCCUGGAAUGGGAGCCGGGAUGGCAGGAAUGCCUGGGCUCAAUGAGAUUCUUAGUGACCCAGAGGUCCUUGCGGCCAUGCAGGAUCCAGAAGUUAUGGUGGCCUUCCAGGAUGUGGCCCAGAAUCCUGCAAAUAUGUCAAAAUAUCAGAGUAAUCCAAAGGUUAUGAAUCUCAUCAGUAAAUUGUCAGCCAAAUUUGGAGGUCAAGCAUAAUGCUCACCUGACAAAGCCCUUCCUAAAAGAAAAGCAACCUAGAUCACUUAAUGGAUGUCGCAAUAAUACAAACCGGUGUACCUCUGACCUCAUCAGGAGAGCUGGGGUGCUUUGAAGAUAAUCCCUUCCCCUCUGCAACAAAUGGAGCUGAAGUGUUUUACAAUGGUUUUCCAUUAGGGUAUUCAUUCAGAUAAUGUUUUCCUACUAGGAAUUACAAACUUUAAACAGUCGUGUGUCCCCCCCCCCCCCCGUACUGGGAAUUGAACUCAGGGCCUCGUGCUUACCAGGCAGGCACUAUGCCACUGAGCUAUAUCCCAAGCCCCAUAAAUACUUUUUAAACCUCAAAAAAUAUUUCAAACACUCAGAGGGUCCUAUUAAUCCCUAAGUUUUUCUUUAUUAGUCAUUUUAGAUUUUACCUUUGAAUUACUGAGCAAGGAAGAUACUUAUGUAUGAAGAUUUAUAGCUGUAGUAUGAGUAAAAUAAAGUUCUUUUUGGUGGGAAGCAAAUCUCAUUUAAGAAGAUACAGUUUGAGUUGGAUAUAUGGUUACCAACGUAUUUUGAUUUGGCUUUUUUUUUUUUAAAGAUUUCUGUUUUUUUAAGAUGAUUUACUUCAGUAUAACUAUUGGGACCACCAGUAUUUGAAUAUGAUCUUGAUAGGGACUGGAAAUACUGGUAGGGCAGCAUCAGUCUUACACAGUGUUUUAUAUAAUAUGCACCCUUUAAGCCACAGUGGAGCUCUGUUCUUUUCCAAAAUACCAAAUAAAUAUUUCAUACUAUUUCCACUAGGGAAAAUA